CGAGGAACAGGUAACAGCAGAUUCGUCACACAUUCGCAAACAUAUUGCUGAAAAUGUUCAAAAUCCAUCACAUAUCCAUUGUAGCGAUUACGAUUGUAUAAGAGAGCACUACAUCACUGCCACGUAUGAAGAAACACAUUAAAGAACAUAUAUGUAUUAAAAUAUGCUGUUUUCUAUCAUUAAACUGUACACCGUCAGCGGCUAGGAAACCUUUUGGUUCAGGGUGAAGCAAUACAAUAUCUAAAAGAGCAAAAACAGUUAUAAUUCCAUUACAUUUAUUUAGUCCAGCCCAAAGUCAAAUAUUAGCAUUAGAGGGCUUUACAAUCUGCACAUACACGACAUCUCUGUCCCAGGACCCUCACAUCGAACCAGGGACAACUCCCCCAAAAGCCCUUUAACGGAGAAAAGAGGAAGAAACCUGUGGGAAGCAAACCAGGAGGGAUCCUCCUCCCAAGAUGGACAGAAGUGCAAUAGAUGUACAGAAUGAUCAUCAUAAGAGCUACAAAAUAUUCAAUGGACAGAACCACAGAAGGAGGCAAGACCAGGGUCCAGAUAGAACCGUGACCCGUGGUGACCUGUGAGGAGACAAAGCACAAAGACUGAUGGCUGUCAGGCAGGAGGUGCAGAGUGGACACUGGCAGUGAUGGCAAACUUCCACCGUAUUCUUUCUUUUACAAUAUAAAUGAUCUUCCUGUUUGUAAUCGUACACUUCUCUCUAUUUAGACCCUUUCAAUUCAACCCAGAUUAGACGAAUGUUUUAGGACACCAUGUUUUGAGCAAGAUGAUUAUCAGAGGAAGGAGACGAAUGGUGGAGCAGAUGUUUUGAUGUUGCACACUGGAUCUGAGGAGAAGCAUUGAUGAGUAAUAUAUUACAUUUAGCUCCGUUGCCGUGGAGACCACACUGAUGGCGAACAAGACGAAGAUCCAAGCUUCGGGACAGACGUCUUCUGACGAAGAACCCUUGAAUCCUAACGGCCACCGGCCGAGCCAGAAAGCAAAGAGGAGGGGCCCUGCAGAGAAGCAGCGGCGUCUUAGAGAUAAAAGGCGGGGCAACAAGGAGAAGAAGCAGGAGGGCGUUACGGUGAAGAGGAUGUACAGCGACGGGAAGCGGCGCUGGGAUAAGAAACAUUACUGCGUGUUCUGCCGGCAGCCACAGGUGAAGAUAGCUCGGCACCUGCUCACCAAACACGGCGACCAACAGGAAGUGGCGGCCGCCGGCAAGCUGCCGACCGGCUCCAAACAGCGCCACUUUCUGCUGGAGCAUCUACGCUGCAGGGGAAACUACAUGCACAACAUCGAGGUGAUCCGACAGGGCACCGGAGAGAUUGUCCCGUGGCGUCAGCCCUCAGAGGACGUUGAUGCCAGGAACUAUCUUCCCUGCCCGCUUUGCCUUGGUUUUUUCCUACGUGCUGAUCUCUGGAAACAUCAAGCUUCCUGUCGCAAGAAGAUGACCUCUGAGCCCCCAAAAGAGUUCACAACUAAGUUUACCUCUGACCUGACGAAGGACACAAACUCUGACUCCGCAGGUAAAUCAGCCUGUAAUCCAACAGCCGACCGGAGCGACGCGUCCACCGAGGAUGCACCUUCUGACCCCUCAGGAGACACAACUACCAAGGGCCAGACAUCUGACCCCACAGUGAAUCAAAACGAGACCUCUCACCCAGAGGCGGACCAGCCCAGGAAGCGCAACAGGGUCCAGGCCGCAGCAUCCCGCCUCCUCCCGAUUUCCAGCGGAGCAUCGGAGAGCUGCAGCGAAGUUCUGCACCGCAUGAACCAGGACCACGUCUCACACCAGGUCAAAUCUGAUUGGUUGAUUUGUAAAUACGGAAACAAGUUGAUGGGAAAUCAAGAUGGCAGCCAGAGGAGGUACGACUACGUCAGUCAGAAGCUGAGGGAGCUCGGCCGGUUCCUUCUAGCCGCUAAGUCUCUAGAUUCUGGGGUCCAGAACCUGCAGGACCUCCUUGCGCCGGGCCGCCUCGCCCUGUCUCUGUCCGCCGCUAGGAAGGCGGCCGGCUACCGGUGGAGUCGCCCGCCACUGGCGGUGAAAACCACGCUGAAAACUCUCUGUGAGAUUGCGAUCGGAGAGACUCUCCAGGACGGAGACGUGGAGGCCGCGGCCAAGACCACUGACUUCUACCACGUGCUGGGGAGGGAGUGGGACCAGCUGGGGCUGCAGAGCCCCGACUCCAACACAGACGAAGCGGUCCGAGCCAAGCUGAAGAAACGAUUGGUCCCAUCUAGAGGUGGGAAGUGUAAAGACCCCGCUGACCUCAGACCAGAGGUUUUGUCUCCAAGCAGACCCAGAACGUCGACCUACAUGAGUUCACGGGAGUCCAGGCUGCAGACCCCUGCUGUCCCUGUGGCUCCUGGAAAGGUCCAACGUCGACCCUGGUCUUCUGCUGAGAAGGAGGCGGUCUGGAGACAGCUGGGAGUCUACGUGCUGGUCCAGUCGGUUCCGGGGAAGGAAGUCUGCCAGCGCUGUCUAGACCUGGAGCCUGACCUCAGAGGGCGACACUGGAAAGACGUCAAGAACCAAGUCCACAACCAGAUCCAGAGCCAGAAGAAGCAGCAGUUCCAUACCCAGAUGGACCUUCAGGAGAACCAGGGGGAGCAGAGCCAGAACCAAAAUAAGCAGCAACAGUACCAGGACCACACCAACAAUCCGAAGAAGCAGCAGCAGUACCAGGGCCAGUUUGACAAUCAGGACCACCUUCAGACCCACAAGAAACAGCUGCACCACAUGGGCGAGCAGACUGACCUGGACCGCGACACUUCUGUUCUGACGGUUGUAGCUUAUGGACCUGACGGUCCACACCGAGGACUGCUGGACCCCCCUGUGAGUCCGUACCUCCAGCUGCUGGACGGGUCAGUCCAGUACCACACUGUCAGCAGACAUACGGACCAGAACAUGCUACAGGAGGUUCCACCAGGACAACCCCACAAUGCACACUCCGGACUGGUCUACUUCUGAUGGACCGGUCCACUUAGGAACCACAAGGUCUCAAUGGGGAACCAACAGGCCUUGUUUAGUGUGUGUGUGCGCUUCUCAGAGCUUCUUUAAUGAAUGAGAUUCUUAACUAAUAAACUCUGAGUUAUUCAAAGUAUUGAUAUUAUGAAGACAAACUAAUUGUAUAGUUCCAUAUUAUUAAGGAGCUGCAACAUUGAAGCUAUGAACACAUUAAUGCAGGGCUCUUCAACGUUUUUCAGGCCAAGGUCCCCCGAACUGAUGGCGAGAUGGAGCAGGGACCCCCUGUUCUACGGCGUUUGGUCUGCCAUCUUUUAUUUUUGAGUUCCGCGCUCUUUAGACGUGAGCACGAACGGAUCUGAUUGGCUGUGAUGUCGUAUCAGCGUGAUGAGUGAACCGGUGUCCAGCUUGAGAGCUGCUGAGGGACUGAAAGACAACGUCUCCUGGAUCAAUGUAUCGGUUUCUACAACAUGUUGGAUUCAUGUUAAUGUGUUUUUAAAUACAAUUCUGAUGACAGUUGAAUUUGUGGAAAGAAAAUUGGUUGAAAAAAAGAUUGUCUUCUCAUCCAAAGGUUUUGCGACCCGCUGCAGUACCUCCACGGACCCCCUGUUGAAGACCUCUGGAUUAAUGUAUCAAUCAAUAAAUAGUCAACGACUUAGUAAAGUAGUAAAGUAACUUGUGUAUUUUACACAGUAAAAGUCCUGGUAGUAUAAUACACAGUACUAUAGUAAAUACUUAUGUAUACA